GCGGGGAAGUCUCUAGUAGGGGUAACCGCAGCCUGUACAGUCCGUAAGCGCUGCCUGGUCCUGGGGAACAGCUCUGUGUCAGUAGAACAGUGGAAGGCUCAGUUUAAGAUGUGGUCCACCAUCGAUGACUCUCAGAUCUGCCGCUUCACCUCAGACGCCAAAGACAAGGUAAGAGACACAGCAAACACCAUUAAGGUUUUAAAAUCCCCUUUUCAACUCGGUCUGUGUUUUUGUAUAAUUAUCUCUUUUACUGCUUCUUUUUUUUUUAGCUUUGAUUGAUUUAUUUCAAGUUAUUGUUUUAGUUUAAAGUGUGUUGCGGUUUUUAAAUGCUCUUGAAAUGAAGUUUGUUUUUGUCUUGAAGCCGAUUGGCUGCUCGGUGGCCAUCAGCACUUACAGCAUGUUGGGACAUACCACCAAGAGGUCUUGGGAGGCAGAGAGGGUCAUGGAGUGGAUGAGGUCCCAGGAGUGGGGACUCAUCAUCCUGGACGAGGUGCACACCAUCCCUGGUGAGUCUGUCAGGGGUUUUGGUUAAGUUAUGAGAGGUUAGGGUUAGUCUACACCAUCCCUGGUGAGUCUGUCAGGGGUUAGGGGUUUUGGUUAAGUUAUGAGAGGUUAGGGUUAGUCUACACCAUCCCAGGAGUGUCUGUCUAUCGUUCUGUGGUUAGGGGUUGGGGUUAAGUUAGGAGGGGUUAGGGAUAGGAGGGGUUAGGGAUAGGAGGGGUUAGGUUUAGGGACAGGAGGGGUUAGGUUUAGGAGGGGUUAGGUUUAGGGACAAGAGGGGUUAGGUUUAGGAGGGGUUAGGGAUAGGGAUAGGAGGGGAUAGGGAUAGGAGGGGUUAGGGAUAGGAGGGGUUAGGUUUAGGGACAGGGGGGGUUAGGGAUAGGAGGGGUUAGGUUUAGGGACAGGAGGGGUUAGGGUUUAGGGAUAGGAGGGGUUAGGUUUAGGGACAGGAGGGGUUAGGUUUAGGAGGGGUUAGGUUUAGGGACAAGAGGGGUUAGGUUUAGGAGGGGUUAGGGAUAGGGAUAGGAGGGGAUAGGGAUAGGAGGGGUUAGGGAUAGGAGGGGUUAGGUUUAGGGAUAGGAUGGGGUUAGGUUUAGGGACAGGAGGGGUUAGGUUUAGGAGGGGUUAGGGUUAGGGUUAGGAGGGUUAUGCUAAUUCGAUUUCCGUGCGGGCAUCAGCUUUAGGGGGUUAACUGCCGGAGGACCAGAAAGUAUUUUCUCUCUUCUGUGAUGUUUCCAAAACAUUUGUCUAAUAACGUGUGCAUUGUCUCGCCCCCAUCUCUGUAGCCAAGAUGUUCCGGCGUGUUCUGACCAUUGUCCAGGCCCACUGUAAGCUGGGUCUGACCGCCACGCUGGUCCGAGAGGACGACAAGAUCGUUGAUCUCAACUUCCUGAUCGGGCCCAAGCUGUUCGAGGCUAACUGGAUGGAGCUACAGAACAACGGAUACAUCGCUAAGGUCCAGUGUGCCGAGGUUAGUCUGUCAUCCAUACCGGUACCGGAACUGUGUGGGGCUUAA